CAGAAGGGAAAUCGGACGUAAGGAGGUUCACUUGGACGCUGUCGUGGCUGGCGAUUCAUCAGACGCUCGAAUUAGAAGAGCAGAACACGACUACUCAGGUAGAAAUAUGGCUUCAAAGGAAGGAAAAGCUGGACCUGGAGAUCAGAAGAGUAAAAAUGAAACCGACGGACCAAAGAAGGAAACAAGACUGGGCUUAGAAGUAUCCAAGUCCUCAAAUUUUUCUGAAUGGUAUUCUCAGGUCCUUACCAAAGGAGAGAUGAUUGAAUAUUAUGAUGUUUCUGGUUGCUAUAUUCUUCGUCCAUGGGCCUACGCCAUCUGGGAAGAAAUGCAGAGAUUCUUAGAUAAAGAGAUAAAGAAGACGGGUGCAAAGAAUUGUUAUUUCCCCAUGUUUGUGAGCCAGAGUGCUUUAGAAAAGGAAAAGGCUCAUAUUGAAGACUUUGCACCUGAGGUUGCUUGGGUGACACACUCGGGUCAAAGCAAAAUGGCAGAACCUAUUGCUAUAAGACCAACUUCGGAGACUAUUAUGUACCCUGCAUAUGCCAAAUGGAUCAAGUCCCACAGAGACCUGCCCAUAAAACUGAACCAGUGGAAUAAUGUUGUGAGAUGGGAGUUUAAGCACCCACAGCCUUUCAUCAGGAACCGAGAAUUUUUGUGGCAAGAAGGACAUUCUGCAUUUGCCACAAAAGCGGAAGCCGAAGAGGAAGUCUUGAAGAUCUUAGACAUCUAUGCAAAGGUGUAUGAAGACCUCUUGGCCAUUCCUGUGGUCAAAGGACGUAAAACAGAAAAAGAAAAAUUUGCCGGAGGUGAUUACACAACAACAGUUGAAGCAUUUGUGCCUGCUAGUGGAAGAGGCAUUCAGGGUGCCACAUCACAUCACUUGGGCCAGAAUUUCUCCAAGAUGUUUGAGAUUACUUUUGAAGAUGCCAAGACUCUAGAGAAGUCUUAUGUUUACCAGAACUCGUGGGGGCUGUCUACACGACCCAUUGGUGCGAUGGUGAUGAUACAUGGAGAUGAGAAGGGGCUGGUUCUGCCACCAAGAGUUGCUGAUGUACAGGUGGUGAUUGUUCCUUGUGGAAUUAAUGCCAAGAUGACCGACGAACAGAAGUAUUCCUUAUUUGAUGGAUGCAGCACCAUAGAGAGCAACCUAAAGAAGUCAUCAAUACGAGCAGAAUGCGAUCUGCGAGAUAACUACAGUCCUGGCUGGAAGUUUAAUCACUGGGAACUGAAAGGGGUUCCCCUGCGAGUGGACGUUGGACCUCGCGACCUGGCAAAGAAAGAAGUUGUGGCUGUGCGGAGGGACACAGGAGAGAAGCUUACCCUACCUUUUGCUGACUUAGCUGACAGAAUCGAGGGCUUAUUGGAUGAAAUUCAUGCCAGUCUUUUGUCCAAGGCAAAAGAAGAAUUAGAGUUGCACAAGAAAUUGGUACACAGCUGGGAGGAAUUCACAAGUGCCCUUGAUGAGAAAAGCAUAAUGCUGGCCCCAUUCUGUGGAGCUGAAGCUUGUGAGGACAUCAUAAAGAAGGAAUCAGCACAAGAAGAAGUAGCUGGAGCCAAGGGUCCAAGUAUGGGGGCCAAGAGUCUAUGCAUUCCUUUUGAGCAGCCAGCUGAUGCCACAGGCAAAAUUUGCAUCCAUCCAAAGUGCGGGCAACCUGCAAAGUUCUACACACUUUUUGGGAGAAGUUACUGAGGAAAGAUAGGAUUGCAAGCUACAAAUCAAAAGAAAAUAAACUAUAAUAUAUAUAUGUGUGUGUGUAUGUGUGUGUGUAUAUAUAUAUAUAUAUAUAUAUAUAUAUAUAUAUAUAUAUAUAUAUAUAUAUAUAUUAGCAUUAGACUUUCAACUAUUUAUAGUGCCUUAUUCAUGCCUCUUUUCCUGGCUGGUUUAUAGUUUUUCUCGUAGACUGCUACUGAUUUGGAUGAAAGAACUUGCUUUUGGUCACAAAAUGUAGCGAGAUAUUUUUAUCUUGAAUGGUCAUGAAUUAAAGUUCAUGACCUUCAGUUUAUUUCAAUCAUUUUGUUUAUCAUUCUUCUCAAAAAGUGAUUUUGAAAAGUUACACAUUUGGUGUUAUUAGAUUCUUUCAACCAACUUUGCAUUUGUGGUAAUAAUUUGUAUAUGCAUGCUUAAUACACUUUCAAUCUUGAGGUAUACUACUUAGGCCUAUUGUUGUACAAGUGAAAGAACUAUUUAUGCAUAUACACAUGCACUCUUAUACACAUAUGUACACGCACACAAAUGCAUAUGCCAAUGGGCAUGAUAUGUAUGUGUAUGUCAUGCCCACUGUGAGUUUACUUGUUUAAAUGUUUGU